CGGCGGCGGCGGCGGCGGCGGCGGCGGCGGCAGGCGCGCAGCCCCGCGGAAUGGAGCGGCGCCGGGGCUGAGCCGGGCGCGCACGGGCUGCCGCAUGUGCCGCGCGGGGAGCGGCUGCAGAGCGGGCGGAGAGCGAACACGAGAGGCCCCGUCGGAGCGGCAGCCGGAGCAGCGCCGGAGAUGGGAGAACAGCCCAUCUUCACCACCCGAGCCCACGUUUUCCAGAUUGACCCCAGCACCAAGAAGAACUGGGUGCCUGCGAGCAAGCAGGCCGUCACAGUCUCCUACUUCUACGAUGUCACAAGGAACAGCUAUCGGAUCAUCAGUGUGGAUGGAGCCAAGGUGAUCAUAAACAGCACAAUCACACCCAAUAUGACUUUCACCAAAACAUCGCAGAAAUUUGGGCAGUGGGCCGACAGCAGAGCCAACACGGUGUUUGGUUUGGGGUUUUCCUCGGAGCAGCAGCUGACGAAGUUUGCAGAGAAAUUCCAGGAGGUGAAAGAAGCUGCCAGACUAGCCAGAGACAAAUCCCAGGAGAAAAUCGAGACCUCGAGCAAUCAUUCCCAAGCAUCCAGCACCAACGGAACGGACGAUGAAAAGGCGUCUUGUGCGGGUCCUGCCAACACACACCUCAAGUCUGAGAACGACAAGCUGAAGAUCGCGCUGACACAGAGCGCCGCCAACGUGAAGAAAUGGGAGAUCGAACUGCAGACCCUGAGGGAGAGCAACGCCCGGCUGACCACGGCACUGCAGGACUCGGCGGCCAGCGUGGAGCAGUGGAAGAGGCAGUUCUCCCUCUGCCGCGACGAGAAUGACCGGCUCCGGAACAAGAUUGACGAGCUGGAAGAGCAGUGCAGCGAGAUAAACAGAGAGAAGGAGAAGAAUACCCAGUUGAAGAGAAGAAUUGAGGAGCUGGAGUUGGAACUCCAAGAAAAGGAGACGGAGUUGAUAGACCUCCGAAAACAAAGUGAAAUCAUACCUCAGCUCAUGUCAGAGUGUGAAUACGUCUCUGAGAAGUUAGAGGCGGCAGAGAGAGACAAUCAAAACCUGGAAGACAAAGUGCGCUCCCUGAAGACGGACAUCGAGGAGAGCAAGUACCGCCAGCGCCACCUGAAGGUGGAGCUGAAGAGCUUCUUGGAGGUGCUAGACGGGAAGAUCGAUGACCUGCACGACUUCCGCCGGGGCCUCUCCAAGCUGGGCGCCGACAACUAGGGCUGCGCGUGAGUCCCCAGGGUGUGUGUGACACGGAGUAGCACUAGGACGUCCUCCCGUUCGCGUGGCUUCUGUAAAUGCAGGCGCGGUUUGUCAUGUUUCCAAACCAGGGGUGCCGUCCACUCUCUCCUCUCCAGAAUAGAAAUCUCCCCUUGCUUCUCUGGCCUUGCGAGGUCAUGGACAACUGGACGAUUCUGACUCAGGAAUCCAGAACUAGGUCUACCUUAAACAUUUACGCAGUCAGGGCAGGGAUGUUUAUAUCUUUCUUAAGGACUGUUGCAACCAUAUGAACUGGAAAAAAAAGUAUUUUCUAAUUCAAGUAUGAAUACCCUUUCCAACUCCUUUUUUCUGAGUAACGUUCAGAGUAUUCGAAUGUCCACCAGGCACCAAUGCGUGGGGUGUGGUGAUAGCAGCUUUCCUCUCAGUAUAUACAGAGAUGCUUUAAAGCAACCACUUAGUAGAGACUUGUCCCAAGAGAGAAAACACGCUUCUGGUGGAGGCGUUUUCUGGCAGGGGAAUCGCCUGCAUCCACUCCGCCCACUUCCACCUGCCCCCAGUUUGCAGGGUUGCGACAGUGUUCCUUUUCUUGGUUUUAAUUUCUGAGCAGGUUACUGUGCUGUGGGGACAGCACGCAGCGAGGGUGCCUAGCACAGUGCCUGGCACAAAGUAGGUGCUUAAUAAAUAUUUGUUCAA